GCCCCCCAGACCGGAAGUGCCCGUGUGAAUUUCCUCCGGUGAGGAGUUAGAAGAGAGGCGGUUGAUGUGCGUCCUCGGUGUUAGCGAGUGCAGACGGGAAAAGUGCGAAACCCCAAACCAUCGGGACCUCGUAUCAUCCUGUGAGGAUGGACAUGGGCGAGAGUAAUGUAAGCGAGAGGGUGCUGCACCUCACCCUGGAGAUCAUCUACCUGCUGACCGGAGAGGACUAUGGGCCUGUAGGUAACUCCAGUGACCCAAUGAAAGCCAACAGACAUCCUUGUUCAUCAAAAGGAUGGGACAAGAGCCAGAUCUCCAUCACAGAGCCUCCAUCUCGCUCACAGAUUAAGAGAAACCAGGAGAAGACAAUUCUAGAACUCACCAACAAGAUCAUUUUGCUGCUGACUGGAGAGGUUUCUGUUCGGUGUCAGGAUGUCACUGUCCAUUUUUCCAUGGAGGAGUGGGAGUAUUUAGAAGAGCACAAGGACCUCUACAAGGAGGUUAUGAAGACUCAUCUAACCCUCAAAUCACCGGAUCUUAUUGAAGUUACAAAGACAUCGCGGGCAUCCCAUAACCCUGUUUCUUCACUGGAUUGUAUAAAUGACAGUCCCAGUGUUUUCAAUAUUUACACUACAGAUAUGGCCAGCUCUCUGGAUGACGUUACUGAGAUACCUAAUUCAUGUGAAAUAGUAAAUCUUAGUGACAAUGACAUAUGUAUAAAAUCUAAUAAAAAACAAUUCUUAAUUCCUCAUAUUGAAGAGGAACUUUGUGAGAAAAAUGUUCUCAUUGAAUCCCAGAUGUAUAUACCCACAGGUCACAAACAGCACUAUCCAGCUUCCUAUAUUAAGGUGGAAAUUGAGGAAGAAAAUCCAGAACAUACCACCAUUUAUACAAUAACAGAUUCAACGCCGCAGUAUCAAUCUAUUCAAAUUAAGGAGGAGCCAGUCUCAUGUGAUGAAGAUAAUUUCUCAGACACUAAUUUAUAUGCCUCCAUAAAUCACAGACAACAGUAUCCAUCUGCGCAUGCUAAGGUGGAAGCAAUUUCCUUUGAAGAGGAAGACACAGACAUAUGUACAUCAGAUCAUAUUCAGCAAGAUUUAUCUUACCAUGUUAAGGAGGAACCAAUGUUAUGUGAUGAUGAAAAUCUUGCAGAGUUUUAUUUGGGAGUAAACCAUAUAGAGCAGAAUGGAGAAAUAUAUCCAUUAAAACCUAGACCAUUCAUGUGCUUUCAGUGUGGGAAGUGCUUUACACGCAAGUCACAGCUCCAUAGACAUCAGAUGAUACAUACCGGUGUGAGACCAUAUUCCUGCUCAGAAUGUGGAAAACGUUUUUUCCGGAAUUCACACCUUCUUAUACAUCAAAGAACACACACAGGAGAGAGGCCAUAUUCCUGCUCUGAAUGUGGAAAACGGUUCACCACAAAUUCAAAUCUUACCAUCCACAAAAGGAUCCACACAGGUGAGAACUUAUAUUACUGCCCUGAAUGUCACAAAUGUUUUACAAAUAACUCCAAUCUUGCUAUACAUCUGAGGAUACACACAGGAGAGAAACCGUAUCCUUGCUCAGAAUGUGGUAAAUGUUUUACAACCAAAUCAAAUCUCGUUCUACACCAGAAGAUUCACACAGGUGCUCGACUGUAUCACUGUUCUGAAUGUGAGAAGAGUUUUACCACCAGUGCAAACCUGGCUCUUCACCAGAGGAUUCACACCGGGGAAAAACCAUAUUCUUGCUUGGACUGUGGGAAAUCUUUCACAAUAAACUCCCAUCUUGUCAGACAUCAGAGAGUCCACACAGGAGAAAAGCCCUUCUCUUGCAUGGAAUGUGAUAAAAGUUUCAUUAGCAAUUAUGAACUUAAAAGACAUCAACAAACUCACUUUGAAGAAAAGGCUUAUGCGGAAACCUUUGGUGAGGAAUGCAUAAAUGAUCCAGCAGAUCCCUCUAAGGAUUGGAGAGUUUCCUCAACAGAGAGAUCAUAUUUUUGUUCUGAAUGUGGAAAAGGAUUUGCCACCAACUCAAAUCUUGUCCAGCACAGGAGGAUACACAGGACUGAAAGACCAUAUUCUUGUUCUCAAUGUGGUAAAAGUUUUACAUGUAAAGCAUAUCUUCAUAGGCAUCAAAAAAUUCACACUGGAGAGAGACCAUAUUCUUGUCCUAUAUGUAGAAAAUGUUUCUCCAGAAACUCCCAUCUGAAAAGGCAUCAAAAAUGUCAUACAAGAAAGAAAGCCUUCCCAUGCCUGGACUGUGGAAAAUAUUUCAGUUCUCAGGCGCGCCUUGUUCAACACAGUCAGAUUCAUGCAGCGGAAAACCCUCAGUCUUCUGCACAUGAGGACAUUUAUAUUAUAGGAGUUUAGGAUUUGGACAUGUUUGCUAAAUUAGAGAUUGAUGGUUGAAGAUAAACCUUAAUUUUGUUAGGACAUGGAUUAUAAUUUUCUAGGAAUGUCGAAAAAUUUCUCACUAUGAAGUGAAUAUUAGAGAUGUUUAUGGCUGAUUAUGAUCAUGUAUAUUCAUUUAGAAAUUGUUGAAGGUUGAAUAUCUCGAUGGUUCACUUGUAGAGCUACCCAAAAUUAAGAGCAUCAAACUUAUUUGUGUGGUAAAUGAGGGUUUUCUUAUAGGCCGUUUAUGUUCUGUUGGUGGUGGUCAGACACGGAAUCCUGGAGACCAGCAGAAUGAAUGGACUGCAGCACUCCAGCAAGUCCUGCGGGCAGAUUCAUUUACACAGGAAAGUGUUCUUAGUUUGCUGCCAAUAUAAAUAUGGACAUACAUUUUUAAAUAUACCCAUUUCCAUAUUGUCCAAUAAAAAUCAAACCAAUUCCAGCCACUGGAGGUAAAAUGUAGAAGGCUUAAUUUUUAUAUUGUCCACCAAAUGUCAGCACGUUAUUGUUAUACUCUAUACUAUACUGUUAAAACGGGGUAUCUCAUUUUGCGGCAUGCUGUGGAAGUUGUUUUUAAUUCAUAGCAGACAAAGGGGUAGAGAUAGAAUGAUUUAUUUUUUUUGUGCUGCUUGAGCCCAGAUAUGUGUUUCAUAUUGCCAGUUUGUAUCUUGCACUUUUCCUGUAGUAGCAAAGGAUAAUUUCCGUUAAUAGUCAACACUAUCGGAUGUAGUUUCUUCUUGCCAUAGUGUAUGUGCAUUGGCUGGUUAUAAACACAUGGGGGAUGUAUUAAGACUGAUGUUUCCUAUGCUGGUUUUAAUACAAAAUGCAUUGGAGUAAGGAGGUGUACAACACUGUUGGGUUUGAGAUGCAAAGCCCUUGAGGCUACACUUUACACUUCUCACUAUAUGACUUGUUGAAAUAAAUAACUUUACUUUUGUGAAAGUGAAGUAUUAUUUCGUUUAACAAUGCAUAUUUUGCGUCAUUUGAAGUGUGGCGUAAACUAUAGUAAAUUUAUUGGACUAUAAGAGGCCACACUCCCUGAUGGUAAGCCAUGGCCAGUAUUUUUUUCAAAAAAUGUGGUGGGAAUAGUAUUAAAUAGCAACAUUAGCCAACUAUUGCACAAAAUGCAGCUGGUGCAGAAAUCUUUUGUACGCUAGAACACUAGCAUAUUUCCAACAUGGAUCAUAGAGGCACACUACCAUCAAAAAAAUUUUUAUUACAUUUUAACAGCCUAUGUGUGAACAUUCUAUGUAAUUAUUUUUAAAAAAUGUGGAUGGUUUUCUGGAUAUAAUGGGUCGAUAUAUAAAGGCUGGCGUAGACUUCAGCUAUAAACUCCGCUAUUUUCUGGCAAAAGUUAUAGUAAAUGCGGCGGCUGCACAAAACCACACCCACUUCCAAUAAGCCACACCCCUUUUAUCGACUCUAGAAAAAGUCACAAAUUAUGAUGCACAGAUGCCAUGCGCCAUAAUGUGCAACUUUUUUACGCCACAGGCGUAAAAGCAUUGAUAAAUGCCCCCAAAUGUUUUUUAAUUACUCAAUUUGUUCUACUUCCAGCCCAGGUUCCUAACUUCCCCCUUUUGUUUGGACUUUUAGCACAGCAAAUGCCUCACUUGACUUUCUCUCUUAAGACAUAUUUACAUGUCCAGAUGAGUGGCAGAUUGUCAGGAAGGAAGCUUUCCUUCCCAACAGGCGGCUCCUCACUAAAUGGAGAUGAAGCACUGCGUUUACAUGCAGUGAUCACCUCCACU